UCACUCAUCAAAAUAAAACAAAAAAAAAACUUCCUAGCAUCUUCUUCCUCUUACUCAUGCAGAGGACGACGAUGGUGAUGUUCAUCAUCAUAAUCAAUUGCUUUUGAACAAAAACAAAAUCAAAGAAAAAAACACAUAAAACCCCAAAAAAAAAACUUCUGUACAUAAUUAAGCCAGAGAAAGAAAAUAAAGACAGAGUAAAAAUGAACGAUUUAUUCUCUAAUUCAUUCAAGAAGAACCAGGCUCAACUGGGGGAUGUUGAGGCAGGUCAAGAAACGAUGAACCUCGAUAAAUUCUUCGAGGAUGUCGAGAAUGUGAAGGACGACAUGAAAGGAGUCGAGGCUCUUUAUAAGAAGCUUCAAGACUCAAACGAGGAGUGCAAGACGGUUCACAAUGCCAAGAAGGUUAAAGAGCUACGAGCUAAGAUGGAUGGAGACGUAGCAAUGGUCCUUAAGAGGGUUAAAAUCAUCAAGCAGAAGCUCGAAGCCUUAGAGAAAGCGAAUGCUAAUAGCCGUAAUGUCCCUGGUUGUGGGCCUGGUUCGUCUACGGAUAGGACUCGAUCUUCUGUGGUUAGCGGUCUCGGGAAGAAGCUCAAAGACUUGAUGGAUAGUUUUCAAGGUCUACGUGCUCGUAUGAACAAUGAGUAUAAGGAAACCGUAGAGCGCAGGUAUUUCACAAUAACAGGAGAAAAAGCAGACGAGCAAACAAUCGAUAACUUGAUAGCGAGCGGUGAGAGCGAGAAUUUUCUCCAAAAAGCGAUUCAAGAGCAAGGAAGAGGUCAAAUCCUAGACACGAUAUCUGAGAUCCAGGAGAGACAUGAUGCAGUGAAGGAGAUAGAGAAGAAUCUACUGGAGCUGCACCAGGUUUUCUUGGACAUGGCAGCUCUAGUAGAAGCGCAAGGGCAACAAUUAAACAACAUAGAGAGCCAUGUGGCGAAAGCGAGCUCGUUUGUGAGAAGAGGGACUGAUCAGCUCCAAGAUGCGAGGGAAUACCAAAAGAGCUCGAGGAAAUGGACUUGUUACGCCAUCAUCCUCUUCAUCGUCAUCUUUAUCCUCCUUCUCAUUCCCCUUCUACCUCACAUAAUGCUCAUGUUGAAGUGAAUUUUCUAAAGAGUUGAACUUGAAAUCUCAAAAUCAUCUCUUCGCUUGUUAUUUUUCCUCUUAUUUUAUAUUUUGUUAAUAUUGAAUGAAAUAGUUAGAUUACGGUGAAACCAUGGCAAACAAUUUGUAGAGAUUUUUGAAGUACCAGUUCUUUAUUAUUAUUGUAUAUCUUUUGACAAUUAUUAUCUUCAUCGUUAGUGUUUAUAUGACAAUGUUGUAUCAUAGAUGCUGAAAUGUUAGAGUGAAGCAUAUACAUUGUUUUAGAUUCAAAUUAGGGAUUUGUUUCGGAAAAUUGGAACUAAAUUUUGGGAUUAGCAAUAGCAUUAUCAAAAGGGUUGUGUUUGUAAGUAUAUAGAAAUGGAAAAGCAUAUGGGCUACGUAUGGUAUGGAAUGGAA